GUGCGUUGAUUCGACAAUUGCAGAAGUACUGUCUAAUUGGAUACGGCCAUCCAAGGUCUGCGUCGGAGCAGUCAUCUCGUGCGAACACGCGUAAGCGCGACUUGAUUCGCGCAGCAUGCACGUGCUCGCACGCGGUGACCGCCAUCGGUACAAACCCGCCCUUAGACAUCUCGUUACUCUGCGAAGACAUAAUGACUCACUCAAAGAGCUCGGAGUCAUUGUUGGUUACAUCGUGACGCGUGGAGGAUUGUGGCCUGACUCGAGAAAGGUCGUGGCGGUGAGAGAAGCUCCAGUUCCCACGUCGCUGACGCAGGUUCGAGCCUUCUUGGGGUUGGCAUCGUACUAUCGCCGUUUCAUCAAAGGCUUCGCCGCGAUUGCACGGCCACUAACGAACGUGUUACGAAAAGACCAGCGUCUCAGUUGGGAUGCGGAGGGUGAGGCCUUCGCGACCCUCGAAGACGCUCUGGUGAUGGCACCUAUUUUGAUCCGACCGGACCCCUCGAAACGGUUCAUUCUUAUCACGGACUGGCAACCGAAAGCUAUUUCCACUAUUUUAGCGCAGAAGGGGAACGAUGGUCGCGAACACGUGAUCGAGUACGCGUCGCGAAUGGUGUCAGACGAACGGAGGAAUGACUCAGCACCCCAAGGCGAAUGCUAUUGGUCGGCGUGUUUGGAGGCGCCCGAAAGCAGCCGCAACCCACCGUCACAGCGCGGUUAUCUAGACCCGCACGAGAUAGUCGAUCUCGCCUUCUUUCAAUAUCGGACGGCCUCCGAGAACGAAGAGGUAGAGAUUGAAGCAGAAGAGGAAAGCUCAGAGGAAGAAGAAGAAGUGGAAGAAGAGGCCGACGAGGAAGAAACUCCCGAAGAGGGGAGUUACAGUGAGCACAGCGAAGGGGAGCAAAGUGAGGAGGAGGAGGAGGAAGAAGAACAAGACGACGAGGAGGAAAAAGAAGAAGACCAGGAGGAGCUAGAAGAAUCGGAGUGGGAAGGAUUUGAGGAGGAAGUGCGUGACGACGCUCGGGCGCAAGCCUAGGCGCACAAGAGGGAAGAGAUGGCGGCCGGGAAGCGACAGCUGGAAUUCG